AUUACUCGCUCGGAAAACUCCCAACCCCUCACCCUCUCUCUCCGCUCUCUUCCUCUUCCCAAAGGGUUAGGGUUUAUCCUCUCUCUCUCUCUCUCUCUUCUCCCAAUGGACGCAACCAAGAAGCGCAAGCUCGACGAAAACGGUGUCGUUCUAGACACAGAUCCCUCCUCCGCUCCCAAGCUUUCCCCCGAAGAUGCUCGCAGGCUCAUCGAGCGAUUCACCCCCGAUCAACUCCUCGACAUUCUCCAGGACGCCCUCUCCCGCCACAUCGACGUCCUCGACGCCGUCCGCUCCAUCGCCGAUCCCGACGCCUCCCAGCGCAAGCUCUUCAUCCGCGGCCUCGGCUGGGACACCACCACCGAGGGCCUCCGAUCCCUCUUUUCCGCCUACGGAGAGAUCGAGGAGGCCAUCGUCAUCCUCGACAAAACCACCGGGAAAUCCAAGGGUUAUGGAUUCGUCACGUUCCGCCACGUCGACGGCGCUCUCAUGGCCCUGAAAGAACCCAGCAAGAAGAUCGACGGCCGCAUGACCGUCACGCAGCUCGCCUCCGCGGGGAAUUCGAACUCCAAUACUGCCUCCAACAACGUCGCCGACGUAUCGUUGCGGAAGAUAUAUGUGGCCAAUGUUCCGUACGACAUGCCGUCGGAUAAGCUCUUGGCCCAUUUUGCCCUGUACGGGGAGAUAGAGGAGGGGCCGCUAGGCUUUGAUAAGCAGACUGGGAAGUGCAAGGGGUAUGCGCUGUUUGUGUAUAAGACUCCGGAGGGGGCUCAGGCGGCACUCGUCGAUCCGGUGAAGAACAUCGAGGGGAGGCAAUUGACUUGUAAAUUGGCGAUUGAUGGGAAAAAGGGCAAGUCAGACGGGCCGGGUCAGGGUCAAGGACCCGGGAGUGGGUCCAAUACGCACGGCGAUGGGAUGGGGAUGGCACCACCGUCUUCGAUUCCUGGGCAGUACGGCAUCCCAGGUGGAAUUGGUUCUUAUGGUGGGUAUACCAGUGGGCUUCAGGGCCAGCCUCCGUUGGGUCACCAUCCAUUGGGUGGGCCUGGGUUGUCUGGUAUCGGAAACCAGGUGAAUUCGGGUUUGGGUGGUGGUGGCGGAUAUGGAGGGUUGGGUGGGCCUUAUGGUAACUAUGGCGGCCCUGGGGGUUAUGGUUUAGGUGGUGCUGGUGGGCUAGGUGUUGGACUAGGUGGUGCUGGGUCGGCUGGUGGUGGUCCGGGUGUGGGUACCGGGUCGUCUUUGUAUGGAUUGCCUCCGAGUUCAGGUGGGUUACCAUCUGGGAGGUAUCCAGAGGGCGGGCACUACGGCCUGUCGGCAUAUCAGAAUCAGCACCACCAGCAAGCUGGGACGUCCCCCCAUCCAAGGGUUCCGCAAGGUGGCAUGUACCCAAAUGUGCCACCUUAUUUCUGAGGACGUCUUUGUUCAUGCUUCUGCGUGAAUUCUCUUUGCUUUCGUUGAUUGAGAGGUGACCAAGCAUUUCACUUUUACAUAAGAGGAAGAUGGUUUCCCUUUGCUGUAGUAUUUCUCUUGUUUUUAAUUUUCAAUGAAAUGAUUUAACAGUACUUUUUGUGUUGCCUCCUAAGUUUUAAUUUUAGCAAAAAUAGUAGAUGUGGAUAUUUCAUUCUAAUUUAUGAUGUCGGGUCAUAUUUAGUGAAGAACUUAAGCAAUUGAGUUUCCAAAUGAAUUUUAGUGUUUUCUAUUUUCUCUUAACCGAUGAAAUUUAUAUGACUUGAAAUUUUAAUUAUGUGUUAAGUGUUAACUUUUUAGUCCUUAAUUAUGGAGUAAUAUGGAUAUUAGAAUCUUUAAUCUUUACAAGAUGCUUCUCCAGUCCGCAUAGUGAAGCCUUUUUUGUUUGGUGGGUGUGGAUGGAUUUGUGUGCAUUUUUUUCCUUUGGUCAAUGCGGGUGGAAGCCUAAUACUUGAGAAGGAAUUCAAUUAUCUCUUUUGUGACUUUUAUUAUAUUUUAUGUAUUUGUAUAUAGUUUUUGUUGGGAAUUUGAUGGGAUUGAUUGAGCAACUUAUCAUAACUUUAAGUGAUAGAGUCCAACAGUAAUGUCAUUAGUCCAACACUAUAGAUUCCAAUAAGUGGUGUUUUCUGUGUUUGUUAAGAGCCUAAGACAUAAGGAAUAAUAAAAAUUAGUGGGUCUUACUGUAAAAUCAGAUAUCACAUGAGGGUAGUUUAUUCCAUACCUAUACAACCAGAUUCAUUCCUAUUCAUCACUUUCCCAAAUCCAAUCAAGUAAACAUGCCAUAGGAGGUAUAGCGAGUGACUUACAUGGAUGAUGUGCUUUGCUCAUAGUCAGAUUUUAGUGUGUAGGUUUCAUCCAGUGUUUUAAUACGCAAAAAAAAAA